GAUCAAGUCACAACAUUAACUGUCCACAAGUGCCCUGUUACGACUGAGGGAGUGGGAGAGUCCGCUCACAAAAUAGUGUCAGUUUUGAUUAAAAUGAGGAUUCACUCUGUUAAAACAAAGCAGUCAAGUAAGGAAACAAAUGCCCUGGUACAGCUGAGGGUAGGGAGAGUCAGCUCUCCCUCUCCAAAUACUCUCAUAUGACCAUGUGCAUACAACCACUGUUAGGGAAGUCGUACUUACUGCCUUCUCGCGGCGAGGGUGUUAUUUACGAAAUUGAGAGGAUGGAAAGCGAAUGUCUGGCGCUUUAACCGAGUCGGUGGUUACGAAGAACCCAUCUAGAGAUGUUGGAAAACUCUGAUUCCAAACCAAUGGUGCACAUGGGCUCCAAGAUCCUGAGGGAAUAUAUAGAGUACGAACCUAUUGUCGGUCACCGGCUACCAUGGGACAGCAUCUCCUGACGUUGCUCCACUGCCUUGUGGAUUAGACUUCUAGGUUAAAGGCUCAUGGAUUGGCCCCUUAAGAAAACCCACAUGCUUCGGUUUAGGUACCCAGGCAGUCUCUCCCAGCCCUCACACAUCGAAUGGUUUAUGUGGUGCAUAUGUAUUUGGUGCCUCCUUGUACCAAUGUUUAUGUGUUUAAAUAAAUAAAUACAUUUUAAACCUGUCUGUAGUUUUGCUCAAGCCGAUCAGACAACUGCAUUUUAUCCACAUCCAUAUCUGAAACCAGCCUAGUUUUCUUGGGUUCGCUAUUAACGAAUGUUAGUUAAGCGUCGGACGAUUACUAAAUCUAGUAUUUUAGGCACUCUAUUAGUCAAACGAAUUUCUGGUCUGACCUGUAAUCGAAACCAUUCAGAUGGGAUUACGUUUAGUUCCCGAAUACUAGGUAAUAUAUCAGUCAUUUUCAUUAAUAAAACUAGACCAUCACCUGUUACUGAUCUUUAAAGUUAAUUUAUCAGGUUCCAUUGGUUUUCCUCGCCUCAAAUAAGGUAUAACUUUAUCAAUUUCUUCAAAAUUAUAGAUAGUUUAUGUCGAUUGUUUGAAAGUAGUAUGUAACUCAAGGCCAGUAAGAUUGUUCUUUGAAGUGUUCUCCCUAUCGUUCCAAUCGUUUCGUAUUGUGAGUCGAUUAGAGUCCUGUCUUUUUGGAGAUAGACGAUAUAUAUAUUAUUGUAUCAAUUACUAAAUUAUCAGUUUAAUUAAAAUGUUUCAUAUCUCUAAUUUUAGCUUCAUUGAAUAUUUCAAAGUGAACAGCCAUUACUCUACAUAAUAAUAAUAUAACAUUUUUAACAUUGAACCAUCAAAUUGUGAUCAAUUCAAACAUUGAAUCUAUUUUUCUUCCUCUAAACAGAAAUUGGAAAAGUUAUACUAUUGGUAGUAGUAGUAGUAGUAAUAGUCUGUAUAAUUCACAAAAAAAUGACGGUUGACUUUCUAUCAUGUGGAACAUGUUUUGUUACUUUUCGCCUCUCUGAUAUUAAUAUGUUUAUUGAGCAUAAAAAAGCAAGUUGUUGUUUCUUGAAAUCACCGUUUACUUCAAAUUUAGAAAAUAACAAAUAUCCUUCAUUGUUACCAUCAUUAACAACAUCAUCAUCAUCAUCAACAUCGUCGUUUUCUUCUUCACCUCCAUUGAUGACAUUAUCAUGUUCAAAUGUUAUGGACAAUAUUAGUAAUAAUAAUAAUGAUAAUAAUAAUAAUACUUUAUUAGAAUCACAAAAUAGUAAUACUAUCUUUUUAAAAUGUGUUCAAUGCUCUCGUAAAUUCACAACUCCAUGGACAUUUUUAAUGCAUGUUCAAGUUGAACACCAAUUAAUAUUUAUUGAUACAAUUGGAAAAUUUUCUAAAACAUAUGAACAACAAUUAAAAAAUACAUUAUCAUCAAAUGUUGAAGAAUUAUUGAAUGAAACUAAUGUUGAUGUUGAUGAUAAUGAUGAGGAUGACGAUGAUGAUGAUGAUGAUGAUGAUGAUGAUGAUGAUCAGUGUGAAAAUGGUGUACUGCAUACAAUUGAUAAAUUACUCUCAGAAAAAGUGAACAAUUCCGAUUCUGAUACAACAAUUACUUCUACUAUUACAAAUGAUGAUAAUAAAUAUAUUAGUCCUAAUAAUAAUAAUAAUAGUAAUAAUACAAAUAGUACUACUGAUACACCUACUAUUACAAGUAACACUGCUCAUACCGAUAACAGUAGUAGUGUUAGUAUUAAUAGUAACAGUCAUAAUGCAUCAACACAAACUUAUCUAACUGGAAUUAAACAACACAGUAUACCUCAUAGAAAACGUAAAUAUGUUGGUUGUUGCAUAGGUGAAUCAACAGUGACUUGUAAUAGACUUAACAAUAUAAAAACUUGUUCAAACGUGAAAAGUUGUAAUCUUACACUUUCAUCAUGUUGUAAUAAUUUAUCGACAGGAAUAUGUCCAUAUAAUUUUAAUAACAAUAAUAAUAAUGAUAACAGUAAUAAUAGUAAUAAUAACAAUAAUGAUAAUAGUAGUAAUGGCAGUUCUAUGAAUUCUGAUAUAUAUGUCAGUGAUUAUUGUUGUACUACAGGAUCAAUUAUUUGUAAACCGACAACAUGUUCAAAUUUAUUAAAUACUAAUGAAAUAAUUACACAAGAUACAUCAAGAUGUACUGCAUCUACGGCAAUUGUUAGUUGUUGUAUGCGUAAACUUGUCUGUUGUACAUCAACACCGGUAACAUUACCAAUAUGUUGUGACCGAUCAAUGCAAAAUGAAAUUAAUAAUAAUAAAAAUAAUUUUAUUAUUCAAGAAACAAAAACUACCAAUACUGCUCGAAUUACAUGUUGUCCUUGUUCACCGAAAAGAUCAAUAAUCAGUCAGUCAUCUGAAGUACAAACUGAUUUCGAUCCAGAAUUCAGUUAUUCUGAUUAUGCUGAUUUAGCAAUGUUAUUAAAUGCAGCUACACCGACAACAAUUACAAGUCCAUUAAAUUCAAUAUUAUCACCACAAUUACCAUUAUUAUCAGAUAUGAUCAUACAACAAUCAUCAUCACCUCCAACAUCACCACAACAACAAAAUAAUGAUAAUGAUGAAUAUUGUCAAAAUAUUGAAUUACAUUUAAAAAAUGACAUAAUUAAUAAACCUUAUAUUAAUAUUGUAAAUAGUAGUAAUUCUAAAAUAAAUGAUAAUUAUUUAUCACAAAUUGAUCAUAUCAAUAAUACAAAUACAGAUAUCAAUAAUGAUACUUCAAUUAUAUUGAAUAAUUCCUUAUCAUCAUCAUCAUCGUCAACAAUAACGACAACAAAUGUUGACAUAGAUGUAACAAUGAAAUCAAUGCCUGUUUCGUCUGGAAAUGCCAUAAUUACAUCGAAUGUUAAUAAUAAUGAUAACAUGAUCACAUCCACUGCCAAUGUUAUCUUUCAAAUACCAACAAUAAUGCAUACAAAUUUGAUUGCUUGUCCUAAUAUUGAUAAUAAAAGUAAUAAUAACAAUAAUGUCAAUAAGUAUUACUGUGAUUCAAUUCCACCAAGACGUUAUAUCUGUCGUGAUUGUGGUACAUCAUUUCGUCAAAAUGUUCACUUACGUAAACAUAUCAUGAUACAACAUACUAAAGUAAAACCAUUCAGUUGUCCUUAUUGUCAAUAUACAACUGUUGAAAAAAGUCAUCUUACUGUACAUAUACGUACGCAUACAGGUGAAAGACCAUUUAGUUGUCGUGAAUGUAAUUAUUCAUCCGCUCAAAAUUGUACAUUAAAAUCACAUUAUUUACGUAAACAUCCAACUAAUUUAAUUAAAUGUAAUUAUUGUUCUGAAUUAUUUUUUACUGAAUUAGAAUUAACUAAACAUCUACGUGGAUGUAGUUUAUCUUUUCGUCAACAGUAACAAAUUAUUAUUGUAAAUUGCAUUAUUUUUUUUUAAGAAAAAAGAAGAAAGUGAUAUUACAAUUGUAACUCCGGUGUAUUUUCUUCGUAGAAUCAUAGUAACAUGGUGUUAUUUGUACAGGUUUAGGCUAUUAUUAUUAUUAUUAUUAUUA